AUGCCCGUCAGGGAGAGGAUCCACUGGCAGCAGGUGCUCGCCGCCACCAUUGCUAACCUGAGCACACUAUGUGUCGGCUGCGCCAUGGGUUGGACUGCGCCCGUGCUGCCGGUACUGCAGAGGCUGUCGGAGCAGCCGGAGGGAGGUUUCUACGAGGGAGACCCCCUCUCCACGGAGGAGGGCGCCUGGAUAGGGGCGCUGCUGCCGCUGGGCGCGCUCGUCGGCUCGGUGCCCGCCGGCUUCCUCACGCACCGCUACGGCCGCAAGCUGCCGCUGGUCGCUUUCGGGGCGCUGCUCUUCAUCAGCUGGAUCCUCCUGCUCUUCCACGAAUGGGUGAGCCUCCUGAUGGUGGGUCGCUUCAUUAGCGGCCUGGCGUCCGCUGGAGUGACGGCCAUCGCGCCGCUGUACGCCGAGGAGGUGGCGGCUCCGGGCAUCCGCGGGGCCCUGGGCACGCUGCUGGACCUCAUGCUGGCCGCCGGCCUGCUCGUGGUGUACGGGCUGGGCAUCGUGGUGCCGGUGCGCUGGCUCACCGCCAGCAUGGCCGUGCUGCCGCUCUGCUUCUGCGUCACCUUCCUCAUGAUGCCCGAGUCGCCCGAGUACCUGCGCGGCCGCGGGCAGUUGAAGCGCGCCAGGCUGGCCGAGCUGUGGCUCCAGCUGGAGCUGGCGCCCACCGAGCUGGUGUUGCUCAAGCAGAAGGAGAAGGAGAAGGAGAAGCUGGCCCAGCCACUGUGCGCUGACCAGCUGCCGGGCGAGAAAGACGUGGAGGGCGCCGUUCGCACCGAGACGCCCACUCUCAGGGCGUGCAUCAUAGUCUUCACGCUGAUGGCCUUCCAGCAGCUCAGUGGCGUCGACGCCAUCCUGUUCUACACCAUCGACAUAUUCCAGGAGGCCGGCACGUCGAUCUCUCCACAGCUGUCCACAGUGAUUACCGGCGCCAUCCAGUUCGUAGCCACUGCGUUCUCGUCCGUGCUGGUGGAGAACGCGGGCCGGCGCCCGCUGCUGAUCGCCUCUGGGCUGCUCAUGACGUUCUCACACGCGGCGUUCGCCCUCCACCAGGGUUCGCCGUGGCUGCACGCCGAGGCCGGCUGGAUCCCGCUGGUCGCCAUCAACCUCUUCCUGAUCGGAUUCGCCAUCGGCCUGGGCCCGCUGGCGUGGCUGCUGAUCGCCGAGCUGCUGCCGCCGGCGGACAAGCGCUGGGCCGUCGGCGUCGCCACCUCCGUCAACUGGCUCACCUGCGCCGUCAUGACCGGCUUCUUCGAGGAGUUCGUCAACCACUUCAGCACCACCGUGGCGUACUCGGUGCUCGCCUUCGUCUGUCUGGCGUACACAAUCUUUGUGGUGCUGCUCGUUCCAGAGACCAGCGGCCUCACUGGCGAUGAGAUACAGAAUAUGAUGCUGGAGAAGGGGCCCAUGGUCGUGUGCGCUACUGCCGACGACGAGACCCGAGCUGACGACGUCGCCGACGGCGACGCCGUCAUUUAA